CCGUCUCCUGCGCGAGAGUGAAGGGAGUGUUUCUCCGUCAGAGACAGAAGUUGUAGUAUUAUUUAUAGGCAGAUUCAAACACCGGCCCCAGUUCUGUUUUGGUCCUAGGAAUAAGUCUAGUUUGUUCACUGUAGUUGUUGUUGUUUGUCGUCAGACGACAGCGGGCUAGCCCCAUUAGCUCACUUAGCUCGCUAGCCCGAGUGCUCAGAGUUCAUAAUGCCUACUCUUCGGGACAGCACCAUGUCCCACCCCGGAGAAAACCCGCACCAGGUCCGGGUCAAAACCUACUACAGAGGGGACAUCAUGAUCACACACUUCGAACCCUCCAUAUCCUAUGAGGGACUGUGCUGUGAGCUGCGGGACAUGUGCUCCAUGGACAACGACCAGCUCUUCACCAUGAAGUGGAUUGAUGAAGAAGGGGAUCCAUGCACAGUUUCUUCUCAGCUGGAGCUGGAGGAGGCCUUGCGUCUCUACGAACUCAACAAAGACUCGGAGCUCAUUAUUCACGUGUUUCCUUGUGUUCCUGAGAAACCUGGUAUGCCCUGUCCUGGAGAAGACAAAUCCAUAUACCGUCGUGGAGCUCGACGCUGGAGGAAACUCUACUAUGCCAACGGACAUGCAUUUCAGGCCAAACGUUUUAACAGGCGCGCUCAUUGUGCCAUCUGCACAGAUCGUAUCUGGGGCCUUGGCAGGCAGGGAUACAAGUGCAUAAACUGUAAACUGCUGGUACAUAAGAAGUGCCAUAAAUUGGCCACAAUGGAGUGUGGGAGACAGGUAAUACAGGACCCAAUGAUUGGAAGAAUUGAUACAGGGUCCACUCCAUCAGAGCACAAUGAUCAAGUUCUCGUCAAAAAACACUCAACAGAAAACAUCGAUCAUGAGGGAGAGGAGCAUGAGGCUGUGGGCAGUCGGGUAUCAGGGAAGGCUGUGUCCAGUUUGGGUCUAUCGGACUUUGACCUGCUGAGGGUGAUUGGCCGAGGCAGCUAUGCAAAGGUGCUGCUGGUGCGUCUGAAAAAGACAGAACGCAUCUAUGCCAUGAAGGUGGUGAAGAAGGAGCUAGUGAAUGAUGACGAGGAUAUUGACUGGGUCCAAACAGAAAAGCAUGUGUUUGAACAGGCCUCCAACCAUCCCUUCCUUGUGGGACUUCACUCCUGCUUCCAGACUGAGAGCAGGCUAUUCUUCGUAAUCGAGUAUGUGAAUGGAGGUGAUCUAAUGUUCCAUAUGCAGCGACAGAGAAAAAUUCCGGAAGAGCAUGCCAGGUUUUACUCAGCAGAGAUCAGCCUUGCCUUGAACUACCUCCAUGAACGCGGCAUCAUCUACAGGGACCUGAAACUGGACAAUGUGCUGCUGGAGUCAGAGGGACACAUAAAACUCACAGAUUAUGGCAUGUGCAAGGAGGGACUGAGACCAGGAGACACAACCAGCACUUUCUGUGGAACCCCCAAUUAUAUCGCCCCUGAGAUUCUGAGAGGAGAAGACUAUGGUUUUAGUGUAGAUUGGUGGGCACUGGGCGUCCUUAUGUUUGAGAUGAUGGCUGGGAGGUCACCAUUUGACAUAGUCGGCAGCUCUGAUAACCCUGACCAAAACACAGAGGAUUACCUUUUCCAAGUAAUUUUGGAAAAGCAGAUCAGAAUUCCCAGAUCACUCUCGGUUAAAGCUGCCAGUGUUCUCAAGGGAUUCCUCAACAAGGAGCCAAAGGAACGCCUAGGAUGUCAUCCUCAGACAGGCUUUGCAGACAUCAUGGCCCAUCCUUUUUUCCGAAAUGUAGACUGGGAUCUUAUGGAGCAGAAGCAAGUGGUUCCACCCUUUAAGCCCAACAUUUCUGGCGAGUUUGGGCUGGAUAACUUUGAUGCCCAGUUCACCAACGAGCCCAUUCAGCUCACGCCUGACGAUGAUGAUGUUGUAAAGAAGAUCGACCAGUCUGAGUUUGAAGGGUUUGAGUACAUCAACCCUCUGCUAAUGUCUGCGGAAGAGUGUGUGUGAACGCCCCGUCUGUCUCUGUUACUUGUGUCUCAUGGCUGCCUUUUUUCAUUUUUGCAUGGUCGCAAACAGUCAAAGGACAGGAAACAAACAACCUGAGGUAAUUUUAUUGGGACCAGUUGAUGCAUUAUCUUUGCCAAACCGCUUUCACUUUCUGCCAUUUGUAACCACUAGUCCUUAAGUCUAUUUUUUUCUUGAUUAUUUUUGUAUCUUGAAAAUCUGCACUGAUAUUAUAAAAUGUAACAGUGCUUUUGCGCAUUGACCAACAUAGGUGGAAGGUCAAUUUUAGGUUACUGUACAAACAAGGAAAAUGACUAUGAUGGUAUGCAGGCCUUAUUUCCUGGCUUCACUGAUGGUGUUUUAUUUGUACAUAUUAAAGGAAAAACAUUGACCAUGUAUAGUAAGCCAUUUUUAAACAUGGGAUAAUCUUUUUUUUUUCUGAUUUCCUGCUUUUCUGCAAAAAGUGAAGAUUAAGGAAGAAAAACAAUGUAAUACUUGGUUUUCAUAUUUUUAUUAUUAUUUAAGAAUAUUGUUAUCUAUAUAGUAUGUGCACAUUGUCUUGAAUCUAGAGUUAUAAAACAUUUUCAAUAUUAUGAAUUGUUUAAAGAUUAAUGGGGAUUGAAAAUAUCUAAGUGUCAAACAUGUGAGAAUGGAGCACGGAGCCCAGAAACACUAAUGGACAAUGUAAAUACUGACAAACUGUGAAUGGUUUUCUGUAUAGAGAGGACAAGGUUGGGAAAGAGUGUAAAACAGACAUAAAAUAAAACAGCUUGUUUGAACACGACCAAAAACAAGACACUAAAGCAAAGCGUGUUCCUGUCAGUGGUCUCCAUAGAGAUACUUUUAUCUCUUGCUUUCUGUUGUAAAUUGUGAAGCAUAGCUUUUCUGUUUAUGAUAUUCCAUUUGUGUGCUUUCUGUUGAGCGUCUAUGGACGUGUGCUUAUUGUUUCUCUGUACAAUCACAGAGAAGCUUUUUCUUUUAGUCACUUGGGGCAUUACCAGUCAGAUCAGAUGUGUGGCAUACUAAGGGGCCCUGGAUUGUGUUUACUCUUCUGCCCCAUCAAUGGUGCCCAGCUUUUUGGGUGGUGCAUUUUGAAAACAGAUUAUGUCUGGACAAUUUUUUGUUACAAUGAAACUAAUUUGACACUAAUGACCAAACGAUGACAUACUUUAACACUAAUUAACAUAUUUGUUCACAUCUGUGCCCUCUCUGAUUCUUUGCCAUGCAGAUAUCAACGUGCUUGACAGAUGUUCGCUCUGGUUUUGACCUGUGAGGAGCUUGUUAGCAGCCUGGUGUUAGAAAUUAAUGAUUUGCUUAAAGUCCUUGAAUAAAUUAUUUUUUGGUUAACACCUAAUUAAAGUAUUUAAGGAAAGCUAUCAUUCCAAUCUCAAGUGUGAAAGCAAUUCAUUUUUUGUCCUCAUUGGACAAAAUUCACACCUGACUUUCUCUUGUUACUUGUUUAUUCAUUUUCUCCCAAGAAGGAGCGCAUAAACUAAUGACUGUUCUUACAAACAUUUAUUCAUAUUUUAUUAUUUGGUGAAACAUCUGUUAUAAAUAAAACAAGUAUAAUAAUUUUGUUCUGCACUCAGUCUUUUGUGUUGUU